AUGUGCUCAGAAACAAGCCCUCGAAUAUCAUUCUCUAAUGAUCUUGUCCAAGAAAAUGACAGAGAAAUUGAGCAACUGUCAAGAAGGGACACGGCAUUAUUGGACUCAAAUUCUGAUUUUGAGUUCAGUAUUUGCAAUAGUUUAGGCCAUGAAUCUUCUCCGGCAGAUGAGCUUUUCGCAGAUGGCAUGAUCCUGCCAGUUCAAAUUCAAGGAAGAAUUACUGCCUCUAAGCAAAUAUAUAGACAUGAAUCGCCACGAAAAGCUUCACUUCCUCCUCUUCCAUGUCCUUCUACUAAUGAGAAUUCAACUAAAAAUAGCAUGAGGGAAUUAAUGAUAGUGAAUUCUGAUUUGUUGGAGGAAAAGCCUCAGUCCAAAUCUUUCUGGGGAUUCAAGAGAAGUAAUAGUGUCAAUUGUGAUAUCAAGAGAAGCCUAUGCUCAUUACCACUUUUAUCACGAAGCAACUCAACUGGUUCCGUGCCAAAUGCAAAGAGAGCAACAUUGAAGGAUAUGCACAAGAACAAUUCACAGAAGCAACAAUCAGCUGCCAUGGCAAAGUCAACAUCGUCAUCACCAUCUUCGGUGUCUAGUUAUGUGUAUUCCUUACCACAAAAGCCCCCAUUGAAGAAGAGUGGUUCUUAUGGUAAGAUUAGUCCUAUCUUAAAUGUUCCACCUCCUUACAUUUAUAAAGGAACUGCAAAUCUCUUUGGGUUGGGAUCCUUUUUGCGCAAUGGAAAGGAAAAGAAGAUCAGAAAGUGA